GUGUGACCUUUGACAUCAACGAGACGAUCGGGAGUAAGGCCUUCACAAAAAGCGGACUGGCUUGCAAAAGAGACAAACAGCCUCCAGGAUGACAUUGCAGGCAUCACUUUGCUUUCUGGCUCUGCUUGUGGUGGAAGUGACAUCACGCAAUUUCUCUGCCCGACCUCCCGAUGUUGAGCCUCCUCGAACCCAGCCUUUUGACCAUGAAAUGUUCCUUGGUGGCUACAAAGCAGCCAGGGAGUUCAAGACACUCUCUCCAGAGGAGAGCAAGGCCCGGCUAAGGGUCAUACUUAAGAAAGCCGACACCAACGAAGAUGGUCACAUUGACAGAGAGGAACUUCAAAAUUGGAUCAUUGGCUCCCUGAAGAAUAUUGACCGAGUCAUCGCUGAGGAGCACAUGCUGGUCCAGGAUAAGGACAAAGAUGGCCGCCUGUCAUGGGAGGAGUAUAACAUCCACGUCUUGGGCUUUGUGCCAGAAAAUGAUGCUGAAUAUCCAGAUCAAGAAAUCAAGCUAGAAGUUAAGAGCAACAAGAAAAUGUUCAUGCUUGCUGACAAGAACAAAGAUGGCUUCCUUGAAGGGGAAGAGUUGCUGGCCUUCUACAACCCUAAUGCAGUGGAAGACAUGCAGGAAGUAGUCGUUGAGAGGCUGUUGGAAGACUUUGAUCACAAUGGGGAUGGUGCAGUGGAGUUGGAAGAGUUCAUCGGUAACUAUGACGACUUUGAUAACACCUUACCAGACCUGACUGGGAAUCGCAAAGAGCCAGAGUGGGUGACAGAGGAACGUGACAUCUUCAAGUAUCAACUGGAUAAAGACGGCAACGGCAAGAUGGAGGGAGAGGAACUCUACCUGUGGGUCAAGCCACGGUAUCACAUCACAGCUGAGAAGGAGGCUGACCACCUGAUUGAAGUUAGCGAUGCUGACGGUGAUGGUAAACUCAGCGCAGACGAAAUCCUGAAUAAAUACGAGAUCUUCACGGGAAGCAAGGCCACCCAUUUUGGCAGGCAUAUACGCAGCGAGAACUUUCCCCGCGAAGAGCUCUGAUGGCCUUGCAACUUUCAGAUGUCCACAACUCGAACUGUUUUACUUUUGUUCCAGUUUUUAUUUAUUUAUGCAUGCCUUCUUUAUGUUGUAAACACUCUGCCACAGGUGCCAGGCAUACAGGCCUCCUCAGCACUGAAAGAAAAGUGGAAAACCGUUUUAAUUGUUCUGAGUUUCUCAGUACCUUUUUCCAUUGUGAAUAACUAAGGCCAGUUCAUACUUAAGGUGAAUGUGAUUGCAAAGCAAAUUUUCUGCCACAAAACACCGCUGGCAAACACUCCCAACAGCUAAAGUAGUUAUUUUAGCUGUCGGGAGUGUUUGCCAGCGGUGUUUUGUGGCAGAAAAUUUGCUUUGCUACUGCCUGAAUGCUUGGAGUGACACUGUAGGUUCUUAUGUUUGUACAAGACGAGAUCCAGACCCACAUUUUCGGGGAGGUCCAAAUAUUGUGGGGGGGGGUGAGGCAGACGGGGCUGAAAAUGUGAGAAUAUUUUUAUGUAACUGUCGUGGCCUUUCUAAGGGGUGAGACUACAGCACACCAAAAUUGCCUUUCUCUUAAUCUGUGAUAAAAAGGAAUCUUAUUUUUGGGGGGGCCUUCCCCCAUCCAGAUCCGCCCUUGGGUUUAAAUGUUAAUUUCUCUGGCAGCAUUGUGGAUUUUGUGCAUUGUAGACUUUGAUGUGCAGAAAUCAAUGUGCUCAUGAAGCCAUGUGUCCAACUACUUGGCUUUGACUGGGCUUAACAUGGGCGCCCAGUUGAAAGCUAUUGGUUAGAGACACAGCCAUUUCCCGUUGAUGUGUAUGUAAUUGUUGGAUACAUCCAAGUGGCUUGGAUGCAGGCCAAUACGCCUUCGACUUGGUUUUUGUUGCUUGGUCAUUGGUUAGCAAUUUUAUGUGUCUGUUAUUUGAAGAAAUUGUUCGUGGUAAGAGUCAAAUCAAAUUUGUUACUACAAGUCUUUCUCUCCACACUUUUACGAUUGCCCUUUUAUCUUAGGAACCGUUCAGUAGUGCAGUACACAUGCUGGUUUCUGCUCUGAGCUUAAGUGUGCCCUCACUGUCAAAAAAGAAACAGGCUGGUUGGAUGUUUUCAAUCAGGGUCGUGCAAACUCCCAACGCAAUGAGUAGACCGUGCACGUAUAUUCAAACAAAGUUGGUUGUGCGAGCUCAGCACGUCCCAUGCCAAAUGCACAUGAACGUUUGCAUGCACACAGUGAGUUUCCUCCAAAGCAUCUUCUUUUUUAUGGAAAACACUCCCUCUCUUGUCUUCGCUCAGAGCGUAAAGGCAUAGGCGCUGUAUUGCACUAUUGAGCAAAGCCCAUAUCUAACAUGGUAAGCAGUGCACUAUCACAACUUUCUAACUUGAUUGAACACAGGGAAUGCAAAUAUUACUUAUUCAUGAUUAUGAUGUCAUGAUUCAAAUAUGAAUACUUCCAUUUAUUUUAAUAAUACAGGAUUCAAGAUUUUUCUUGAAAAAUAAUGAAUUUCAUGUUGCCAGAUAUUUAAGAGGGUGACUGCCAGUAUAUAGAAAGACAUAACAAUUUUAUUGUAAUAACACGUGGUGCUAUAGUUUAUUAAUGCAAUGCAAAGGAUACAAUUUUUGUAUAGUUUUUUACCAUUUCCUGAUAUUGUCAAAAAUUUAUUAAAAUACAAAGGCACAUCUGUCUUUUUUUUUAGCAAAAGCUGCCAGGGUGUGUGACAUUAAGAGGCUUCACUUUAAACCAUGCAUUAUGGAAAUUCCGUUGUUUAAAGAAAUAUAAUUAGAAGUACAUUGACCCGACCCUUAUGAAACUCCUGCUUGCCAGUUCUCCGAGCAGAAAGAAGAUAAAUACACAUGCCAGGUUUGAUGUAUGAUUGCAUGGCAGGCCUCGGGCGAGUGUGCAUGGUGUUAUAGAUGCAUGAUAGUGCAUGAAGCUAUUUUUUCUAGCACGACAUCUGUUUUUAUUAGCGUUACCAUGGCAACUAUGCAUAUUGUCAACAUAGUAUUUUUCUUACGGGACAUGUUUCCUGCAAUAAAAUGAAUUCCAAAAUUAAAUUUGGGUUAAUAGUUACCAUUUCA